AUGAGAACUUCAGCAGCUUAUGAUAAGGUAUGCUCCUUAGUUUGCCUUAUCCUGUAUGUUCAUUUGAUUUCUUCACCAAAAUUUUCUUCUGCUUCUGCUUCUACUGAAACCAAUGCUCUUCUAAAAUGGAAAGCCAGCUUCCAAAAUCAAACCCAUAUUCUGACCUCGUGGACUUACCUUCCCAUUGCCACCAAUUCUUCUAGAGAUCAAAAAGCAAAUACAAGCCUGUGUUUUUGGACCGGGAUUUCAUGCAAUGCUGCUGGAAGUAUCAGCAGAAUAAACCUUACCAAUUCCGGUAUACAAGGCACAUUACAUGAAUUUUCAUUCUCGUCCUUCCCAAAUCUAGAAUAUAUUGAUCUCAGCAUAAAUAAGCUAUAUGGUGUCAUCCCCCCACAAAUCAGUUUUCUCUCGAAACUCAUGUAUCUUGAUCUCUCCAAUAAUCAGUUGUCCGGGAAAAUCCCACAAGAAAUUGCUUUUCUCAUAAACCUUCAUACCCUACAGCUUAAUAGAAAUAAGUUGAAUGGCUCAAUUCCUCAAGAAAUAGGUCAGCUUAAGUCUCUUCGUGUUCUUAGUCUCGUGGAAAAUCACCUCACUGGUCCUCUUCCCUUGUCAAUCGGUAAUCUUAGCAAGUUACAGGUUCUAUACAUUCGCGACAACCAAAUCUCCGGCUCCAUUCCUAAUGUGAUUGGGAAUCUCAAGAAUCUGGUUGUGCUAAGAGUUGCCAGAAACAAUUUCAGUGGUCAUUUGCCUCCAAAUAUCUGCCAAGGAGGGCGUCUUAUUAAUUUCACUGUAAAUAGCAAUCAUCUGAUAGGUCAAAUCCCCAAAAGCCUGAAAAACUGCACAACCUUGUACAGAGUCCGCCUUGAUAGAAACCAACUCACUGGAAACAUAUCUGAAGAUUUUGGUGAAUAUCCAGACUUGGAUUACAUAAAUCUAAGUGACAAUAGAUUCUACGGAGAACUUUCACCGAAAUGGAGUAGGUCUCUGAAGCUAACAAAUCUUGAGAUUGCAGGCAACAAUCUUACUGGUACCAUUCCACCUGAGAUUGGAAACUUGACUCAACUGCAGUUGCUUAAUCUUUCUUCAAAUCAUUUGGUGGGAAACAUACCUGUGGAACUUGGAAGGCUCACUUUGUUAGGGAAGCUUAUACUGAAUAACAAUCAACUCUCUGGUGGUAUACCUCAAGAGCUUGGAUCACUGAGUGAACUUGAGUAUCUUGACCUGUCCACAAACUUUUUGAGCCAGUCAAUUCCAAGUAGCCUAGGUAACUUUCUGAAGCUGCACCAUAUCAAUGUCAGCAACAACAAGUUAAGCCAAAAAAUUCCAUCUCAAUUCAGGAAUUUAACUCAGCUGUCUGUGCUAGAUUUGAGUCACAAUGGCCUUGAUGGAGAGAUACCAACCGAGCUUAGUAAUUUGGAAAGUUUGGUGACACUAAAUAUUUCCCACAAUAAUCUCUCUGGAGUAAUUCCAAAGAGCUUUGAUAAACUUCGUGGCUUGGAGCACAUCGACAUAUCAUACAAUCAAUUCUGGGGUCCCAUCCCACACAGCAAGGCAUUUCAUGAGGCUGCAAUAGAAGCAUUGCAGGGAAACAAGGGAUUGUGUGGAAAUGUUACAGGUCUUCUUCCCUGCAUUAGUGAACCCGAAAAUAAGAAGCACAGUUCGAAAACUGGUGUCAGAGUUGCGUGCUUACUGAUACUGCCUGUCCUGGGUGCAGUUACAUUUGCUUGCUUCAUGUUACUAAGGAAAAAGACAUGUCAACAAACAAGGCAACAAGAGAUGUGCCUACCACAAUUUGAGUUGCGUUCCAUAUCACUUUUUGAUGGCAGAUUAUUGUAUGAAGAAAUUGUAAAAGCAACUGAGAAUUUUGAUGCUGCAUAUUGUAUCGGGAAGGGAGGGUUUGGAAGUGUUUACAAAGCAAAGCUUCCAUCAGAAGAAGUGGUAGCUGUAAAGAAACUCCACAGUCCAUGUGAUGGUGAGGGGAGCUAUCAGAAAGAGUUCUUAAGCGAGGUAAGGGCAUUGACAGAGAUUCGCCAUCGAAACAUUGUGAAGCUCUAUGGUUUCUGUUCACAUGCCAGGAACUCUCUAUUGGUUUAUGAGUACCUUGAAACGGGCAGCUUGUUUUCAAUCUUGUGCAAUGAAGAAGAAGCUAAGAAAUUGGACUGGAGUAAAAGGGUGAAUAUCAUCAAAGGUGUGGCCUAUGGCUUAUCCUACAUGCACAAUGAUGUGUGCCCACCAAUUGUUCAUCGAGACAUAUCCAGCAAGAACAUUUUGCUAGACGCCGACUAUGAGGCUUGCAUCGCAGACUUUGGCACUGCUAAGCUUCUGGAGCAUGACUCAUCUAAUUGGUCUGCCGUUGCAGGCACAAUUGGAUACAUAGCACCAGAGCUAGCUUACACAAUGAACGUGACCGAGAAAUGUGAUGUGUAUAGCUUCGGCGUGUUAGCGCUUGAGGUCAUGAAAGGGAAGUACCCUAGCAAUCUAGUUGGGUUACCUUCAUCACCAGCAACAAGGGAAGCCAAAAUGAGGGGUGAAAUGUUGGACGAUCGCCUGGACCCUCCCACGGGUAAAGUUCUGAAAGAAGUUGCCACUAUCUUAACACUAGCAACGGCAUGCUUACAUGAAAACCCUGAGUUUAGGCCUACCAUGUAUGAAGUCUCCCAGAUUGUAACAAUGCCUAGAUCCUACAUAGCUCAAAUUCAUGAUUGA